UCGGUUUGGAUUCCGAGUCGGUCACUUAUCUAAUAAGAGCACUCAUGCAUGAUUCGUCACACUUACGGUACAGCCUAGUGCCAUUCACAGAAAACACUCUUGAGCUAUGCCGUGAAGGAUUAUAAAAACAUAUAAGGGCAUACUACGUGUUUCUCCUUCAUCAAGCACGAUGGUAGUCAACUCCACGGGCUCGGAGCUGAUGUGGGGGCCCGGAUUCAUUGGAUUUAUCAUAGCUACAGUGCUCUACGGGACAGCUUUCGGACAGUAUCUCUUCUAUGUGCGAUCGUUUCCGCAAGAUUCAAGAAAACUCAAAUUUUUUAUAACGAUGACCUUUUGUUUGGAAACAAUACACGAGUACUUGUUGAUAGGAAUAUACUGGUAUAUCCUUAUUUCGUGUCGUCAUAGCACGUCUUUCGAGUGCACCGCUCAACUUCCAUGGCAGGUUCUGCUCGCUGUACUUAUGGCAUAUUGGAUUAUUUUUGCUGUUCAGUGCUUUUAUGCACGCAGGGUGUGGAUCAUCACAGGACAAAAUCACUUUUUAACGGGCAUUGUUUGUGUACUCGCCACUGCAUCAUUCGUAUGUGGCAUGAUCCUAAGUGGUCUAAUAUUCAAUACGCGAAGACCUGAAGAUCUAUUUCAUACGAAGUGGUCGCAAUUAGCGUCCUUCGCCAGUGCAUUGUGUGAUGCUGUCACUACAGGUACAGUUUGGUGGUUUUUGCGACCGGCGCGAACAGACAACAUUCGGUCGAGGUCGAGGAGUUAUCUCAAUGAAUUGUUGCGGGUUUUUAUCCAAAUGGGAAUGUUUUCCUUCCUCGUGGCGACUGCCCUGGCUGUGCUUUAUCAAUUCCAGGAGGAUCUUGUUGGCCGAUUCUAUACCGCUGCGCCUGGAGCGGUCAUAGGAAACUCCUAUAUUAACUCGAUGCUGGCCGUGCUCAAUGCCAGGAAGUCCGUCCGCGAACGUGAACGAUCUGCUCGCAACGCGUUGGAGCUUCCUACGAUACCUACGAUACAUUGAUUCCCAAUUCUGUUGGUGCCAAACAUAUGUUCUUUGGCGAGCAUGUGCCAUAUGAGGCCGUGCCAUCUAUCCUUCAAUCGUUAAAUCACAGUCGGCGCUGCAUUAUAUAGAAUCCACGAACUGCAUUCUCUAAUACCCACGAACUACACUCUAAUAUCCACGAACUAUUUCUCCUAAUAAAUGCCAAAACUUGAUCUCAGGA